AUUAGAAAGAGUUCCUCCAACUUAUUUUAAUAUUGUGGUCGGUUUCUCGUGGUAUUUAGGAAAGGUGAUGAGAUAUUAAUAGCAGUCAAAACAUGAAAGUUGGUGGAUUCGUCUUCACUGUCGAAGCGAAGCAGGAAGAAACUAAAUUUGGCGCCGAUCCCCCGCCCCUCAACUCACGCGCUCAUCUAGCAACUCCUGCGCUCAUAUCAACUCGAGCGCUCACAAUCCGUUAAGUCUGGAUGCAUAAAUCUCUUAAACAGGCUAAAUGGUUUUAACCAUUAGCGUCAAAUUAUUAUCUACGUUCGUAUUUUGACCUGUGAAGGGAGUGGGACAUGUUUACCUUGUUCUGCUGAGUGAACGAAAUGAAUUCGUUUUCAAGGAAAGGUGUCUCAGGGAAUUUGUCCCAUCCUGCCACUACACUGAUACCGAUGUCUUCCAAGGAAGUGAAUUUUAGCUGCCUCUUCAAUGAGGAUUUCAAGUAUAUUCUGCUACCUGUAUCAUACUCACUGGUGUGUUUCCUGGGACUGAUACUGAACUCUGUGGCUCUGUGGAUGUUUAUCACUAAGAUGAGGCCCUGGAAACCCAGUACAGUCUAUAUGUUCCACCUCGCCCUGUCAGACACACUUUAUGUGCUCUCCUUGCCAAUGCUCAUAUACUACUACGCAAACCGCAGCCAUUGGCCUUUUGGUGUUGUCCUCUGUAAGCUUGUGCGGUUUCUUUUCUAUGCCAACUUGUACUGCAGCAUCCUUUUUCUCACUUGCAUCAGUGUGCACCGCUACCUUGGCAUCUGUCAUCCUAUUCGUACUCUGACUAUGGUGAAGCCACGUCAUGCCCACAUGGUCUGUGGUUUUGUCUGGACGGCAGUGAUAACCUGCUUGGUGCCCAAGCUGAUUUUCGUCACCACUUCUCAGAGGGGCAAUGACACUUUGUGUCACGACACCAGCCGCCCAGAUGAAUUUCAUAACUAUGUUACCUAUAACUCUGUGGUAAUGGUGCUGCUGUUUAUUCUGCCAUUUCUGGUCAUCGUGGUUUGCUACUGUUUAAUGGCGCGGGCCCUUUGCCAACCCAGAAAAGGCCUGUCCCAAAGUCAACAGAGUUUAUCCCGGAGGAAGUCCAUUAAACUUAUCAUAUUGGUGCUGGUUGUGUUUGCAAUCUGUUUUGUACCCUUCCACAUCACUCGUUCCCUCUACUACGCCUACCGUAUUCUAGACGCAGAUUGCAAGUCCCUUAAUAUCGUCAACUUUGCUUACAAAAUCACUCGCCCUCUUGCCAGCAUGAACAGCUGUUUGGACCCCAUCCUCUACUUUCUUGCUGGGGAUCUCUACCGCUCUAAACUUAUAAGAUGUUUCACUAGGCAGAUUCCGAACACUCGUUCUACAGCGUAUGUACAUGAAAACAACAUUGGAAUGACCUUUAAGAACCCAGAUGCCCAAGCCAACAAUGAGUCGAGACUCUAGACCCACAUACCCAGACAUUUUGGUUGAUAAUUUAAAAAGCUCUUCUGAAAGACUGCCUCAAAUUGUAGAAUGUGUUCUGUCAAAAUCCAUGUCUGCUAAGUCACACGCAUACCCAGAAGAAUUCAGAACAGUCUCGUUGUAAACACUACAGCGUAGAUAAAAGUGAAGGAGUCUCUUUGGAGAAAGGAUGUGGUUUGCUUCCUUUGUGCACUCCUAAUGUUUUCCCCAUUCGGUAUGAUUGCUGGGAAUGUAGUUCAGAGAAACUUCAGCUCAAAAAAGCACUGAUGGCAAAUCACUCCUAUGGUUACUUGUAAUGUUGAAGUUUCUCACUGUUGUUCAAGGACAGAACUUGGCAGUGGGGGAUCUGUCAACACUGAAAACAAAACCCACACUUUAUCCCAGAGAUGGACUCUGGCCUUUGACUGUUAAUACAGAAAUGCCAGCACAAAGGCUUUUGUGUGUUCUGUUAUGUCUGAAGGUCCUAUGGUAGGAAAUAAAGGUGCUGUUAAAAUUUCAUUUAUUUGAAUUAACCCGAGAGGUUGGAAGCCUUUUGUGGCACAUUUAGUGAAAAGGUGAAUGGUUGUGGUGGGGGAGGCUGAACGUCAAGCUGCAGUUGUGCAGAUAUCCCCACAUGGCCUGCUUCAUUCCUCGUACAGCUGUUUUUGUCCUUUGGUGGAGAAGAUCUACAGCUGUGUUGUACAUGUGUUUGUGUGUAUUUGUGAGUAAUUGCAUAGCAGGGUUGAAUGAAGAACAAAAAAAAAAGAUGGAAGAAAUCAGAUCCGUUUUGGCGUAUAGAGAGUACCACCCCCUCCCCGGAUAUAACCUCUGUGGGAAUGUUUGUGAGUUUGUGCAUUUGAUUAUUUCAUGUUUAGUGUUGUAAAUAUUUUGUGAAAUUUAUCUGGUUACGGUAUUUGUUUAAUUUCAAAUUGCAUUUACAUAAUAUGUUUUGUAUUUACAUUGAAGAGACUGAGUUUUCCUAGCAUAUUCCGUCCAUUUUAUAUGCCCUCUGUCAUACAAAAAACAAAACAAAACAAUGACUAAACUAAAAUGAAUCAAAAGGAGAGUCUAUACCACAUUUUUGUGAAAAAAAAAACUUGUUUACAGAAUACUUAAGUAGAAAAAAAAAUCUAUUUUAUUUAGAACAUGCUACAAUAUGUUGAAAAAGCUGUUCAUUUAUGUUGUGUUAUGUGUGCUUUUUUAUACAGCAAAACAGUUCCCACUUUAACUUUUUUUGUAUUGAAAUGAAAAUUUCUUUUGUAUUUAUAUCCAACCAUAUAUAUUCUUUACAUUAGAAAAUUGUGGAUGCCAUUUAAGGACACUGUGAAAAAAGUUAUUGCUAUAGUUAUAAUUACAUAUACUUGGGUCACCAGAGUUUUUUGGUUACUUUUCACUGUUGCCUUUGGCUUGCUCAGUUGGGGGUAUUAAAAUUAAUUGAUGGAUAUUUGGAUAUUUAUUUUUCCACAAAAAAAUGAACAUUGUUAUUAUGUUUUGAUUGAUACUGUGGAGCUGCUUUGAUGAUAUCUAUAUUGUGAAAAGCGCUAAACAAUUAUACUUGACUUGACUAACAAUUAAAAAGGACAUUGAUGUAA